CCUUCGCGACGGGCUAGUUACCUCAUACACGCGAAGAGAGGAAGCUGGAUUUUGCGCUCUUGCUUAUUUCUGGAUUUAACAAUCAUCAUGAGACUGACACUUAUUUUGGCCCUGGCUCUGGUGGUGGCUGCGGCGUCGGGCCUGCCGCAGAGGUGCCGCAACCCGCGCGGCUGCCGCAGUGUCAGGCCGACCGGCAGGCCUCUCCGAGCCCCCGUGGGCGCCCUCAGGUCCCCCGCUAGGCCUCCCAGGACCCAGGCGGCGGGAGUGAGACGCCCCGCGAAGAGGCCCACGCCCACAACUGCUCCUGCCGCGCCGUCGUCGGUGGAGCUGGCUGCGGCGCCCCUGAGCGAGGACCAGUUCGACGUGAAGCCGCAGGUGGGCGUGGACGGGUGGCUGGCGUCGCCGAAGAGGACGACGCAGCCGGCCAUCGAGGCGAGGACGGAGCCGCCCUCCAAGGCCGACAAGCCCGGCAGCUGCGACACGCCCAAGGGAUUCGGAAUCAAGUGCAUGACGCGGCUGGACCAGUGCAUGAAGGACCACGAGUGCCCGGGCUCCACCAAGUGCUGCAUGGUGGGGGAGUGCGGCUACCUCUGCGUCAAGCCCAAGCUGACCUCCAGCGAACCGAAGGAGGCGACGAAGGAAGGCCCCAAGAGCGAGGCGAAGAAGAACAAAGAGAAGGACGAGGAAGAGGAACAGGAGAACGGAGGAGAGAACGGAGGAGAACAAGAGGGAGAAGGGACGACGACCUUGUCUCCUCCUGAAGGCGGAUCGGAAGAGAGACAGAGCAACGAAAAGGUGGAAGGAAGAGAACAGAUCGACGAAGAGAGCGAAGAAGGAGAAGAGGCGACAACGGAGAAGACAGACGUUGACAGAAGGAGAAAUCAGGAAAAGAGGAAGAAAAAGAAGUGAAGGAAGGAGCGACUGAGGGUAAAGAGGAAGGAGAAGAAGGGGAGGAGGAAGGAAACAAAAACUCAGGAGGCGAGGGAGGACGUGACCACGACGGCGCCUUCAGGAGAGGAAGCGACGGAGGCACCGAGCCAGGAGGAGGGGAAGGAAGAGGAAAAAGCGUAAAGGAAGAAAUAUAAACACUACGCCCCGUUUUCUUGUUAACUAAUUCGCUAUUCGUUUCAUCCUGUUGUAAGUUUAUAUUAGCUGUUUAAUUCAUAACGUUUUCGAAUCUAAGGAAACACACACACACACACACACACACACACACACACACACACACACACACACACACACACACACACACACACACACACACACACACCUUCCCUCACACACCCCACACAACCCCCCACACACCCAGCCCUUCCCCCACACAUCCCCCUCCCACCCCCACACACCCAGCCCCCCAAAAAAAAACUAAACCAUACCCUCGACAUUCCUUUUAAAAAUGGCUACUUCUUCAGGAGAUAGAAGGCGGGUCCUCCUUGUCUCCUAAGCUCAGGCAUUCUUUUGGCACUCGAUAGACGCGAGGCACUUUGGACUUCAAAUGUUAACCACAAUUUUGAUGUAAAUAUAUAUAUUUUCUUGGCCUUUUUAUUUUUUUUUGGCCUAAUAAACUAUUGUGUAAAAUGG